AUGCCUAGGCGCACGUACUGUUCCAUUCCACUUCCACCGGCGGUCGAGGCGAGGACUGCGCUUGCUCUGCGGCGGGCGGCAAAGGGUUUCAAAAUGCUGGCGUGCAUCGCCUGCUCGACCAAGGACGGCGGGGAUCAGGACGGCGGCCCCCGCGCCGCCACGCCGCACGGAAGGGACGCCGGCAAGUCCCUCACCUCCCAGCUCAAGGACAUGGUGCUCAAGUUCUCCGGCUCCGGCAGACAGUACAAGGCCGCGGCGAUCCCGUCGUUCAGGGGCAACCGCUUCCACCGCAACAGCCGGCUUGCGGCGUACCCGGGCGUCAUCGACGACUCGGGCUUCACGUCGGACGGCACCGCCGAGGGAUACGGUUACAUGAGGGCGACGACGACGACGGGCGCGACAGCCGCGAGAACCAUGGCGCCGCCUGCGCCGUGGGACGCGGCCAAAGUCGCCCGUGGCUUCCCGCAGCACGUCAGGAGCCCGAGCGCGAGCUGGAUACCGAGCAUCGGGGAGGAGGAGGAGGAGGAGGAUGACGAGGUCAUCGUCCUGGAGGAGGACAGCGUGCCGCGGGAGUGGACGGCCCAGGUGGAGCCCGGCGUGCAGAUCACCUUCAUCUCCGUCCCGGGCGGCGCCGGCAACGACCUAAAGCGAAUCCGCUUCAGCCGCGACAUGUUCAACAAGUGGGAGGCGCAGCGGUGGUGGGGGGAGAACUACGACCGCGUGGUGGAGCUCUACAACGUGCAGACAUUCAGCGGGCAGCAGGGCAUCUCGACGCCGACGUCCUCCAUCGACGACGCCGCGCAGAGAGACUCGUCGUUCUACUCCCGCGCCGGCUCGACGAGGGAGAGCCCGGUGAUCCUGCCGCCGACGGCAGCGGUGGGCAGGGAGCAGCCGAUCGCCCGCGCCACCUCGUGCAGGGCCAUGGCGGCGGCGGUGGCGGCUUCCACGGCCCGAGCCGCGUGCAACCCAUCGUCCAGUGCCGUGCCGGACCCGUCGGACCACGUGUGGGCGCACCACUUCAACCUGCUCAACUCCGCGCCGGCGCCGGCGGCUGCUCCGCACCUGGACCCGUCGCGCGCUACCACGUCGUCCCUGGACGAGGCGUCCGUGUCCGUGAGCAACGCGAGCGACCUUGAGGCCACGGAGUGGGUGGAGCAGGACGAGCCCGGCGUGUCCAUCACCAUCCGCGAGUUCGGCGACGGCACCCGCGAGCUCCGCCGCGUCCGAUUCAGGCAAGUCCAUGGCCACUAG